AUGGAAGAAAGUGAAAGACUCCUCUCUCUCAUCGUAAGGCCCUCUCUGCCGCCCCACCGCGACCCACUCCUCUGUAGAGGAGCAUGUGCUGCAAGGUGCCGGUUAUCAUCUCGUCCAAACCUCUGCCGCAGAGCCUGUGGAACUUGCUGCCAACACUACAGUUAUGUGCCACCGGGCACCGCCGGCAAUCAAGAAGUGUGCCCUUGCUAUGCUAGCUUGACCACCCACGGUGGCAAGCGCAAGUGCCCUUAA